GGAAAUUGUGGGUAUUGUAGUCCAAAUAUGAAAUUGUCCUGUAAAAUCAUGUAAUACUGUAUGUAAUCAGAUACAUUGUUGCUAAUAUUAUGUCAAUGGGUCCACUUAUUUUCAGCAAACAAGUAACUUCCCCUUUAUAUGAUGACACAAUUCAAGUAAAUAAUGAAGCAACUUGAAGUUUAUUAGUUAAUAUUUUUUAUUUAACCAGGUAGGCCAGUUGAGAACAAGUUCUCAUUUACAACUGCGACCUGGCCAAGAUAAAGCAAAGCAGUGCGACACAAACAACACAGAGUUACACAUGGUAUAAACAAACGUACAGUCAAUAAGACAAUAGAAAAAUCUAUAUACAGUGUGUACAAAUGUAGUAAGAUUAGGGAGGUAAGGCAAUAAAUAGGCCAUAGUGACAAAAUAAAUACAACUUAGCAAUUAAACACUGGAGUGUUCAUAAACAUGAAGUGGACUUGGAAGCGCAUUAAGAAGGAUUACCAACCAUAUCGUCACUCAAAUGCUUAUGCUUAGCUUCUGAAAGUGGGCAUCUCAACUGAGAUAAAAACACAGUAUAAAAUCAGAGAUAGACAGGAAGAGAUCCAAUGCGAGGGAGAACAAGGGUUGGGUUAGGAUCACUAUCUGACUCUUUUCCCCAUUUGCUACUAGAUGGCAAAACGCCUUUAUCUGUGUGUUGUGAUAUCCUGAAGCUGAGAUGGAGCUGGAACAGACAGAGUGAUGUCACUGAACUCCUAAAACUAAAAUACCAAUACACCAGAGGCUUCACACAGAUAGGGAGAUACAGAAAUAGAGAAAUAGAAAGAGAGAGAGAAAUGGUGAGUGUCUGAGAGAGAGAGAGAGAGAGAGAGAGAGAGAGAGAAAGAGAGAGAGAAAUGGUGAGUGUCUGAGAGAGAGAGAGAGAGAGAGAGAGAGAGAGAGAGAGAGAGAGAAAUGGUGAGUGUCUGAGAGAGAGAGAGAGAAAUAGAAAGAGAGAGAGAAAUGGUGAGUGUCUGAGAGAGAGAGAGAGAGAGAGAGAGAGAGAAAGAGAGAGAGAGAUGGGGGGGUGGGGGGCUCCCAGUCGAGCAGGGUAGGCAGCACACAGGCAGGCAGAAGUUUUACAACAGAGAGAAACGGAGGAACCAUUGGAAGGUAUAAUUAUACAAAACUACAGGCAACAGGAUAGCAGUGUCUGGCUGCAGCAGCACCACAGAGGUUAGCUCAGUCCUCGAGUGUUUAAUGGCAGUUAGUGGACAACGAUAGAAGCAGGAGAAUCACAGUGAACUUCUGAUACAGCAGCCAUGGAGAGGGUAGUGGUGAAGCAUGGUCAGAACUCCAGGGAGUCAUGUCUGUUCUGGAAGGUUCCAUCAACACCAGGAGGGCCUGGGCUGCCUCUCACACUGCCCGUGGCCGGGACGGACCGACGGAACACCUCACAGCCGCCAGGGACAGCUGGGUACAAGUCACACAGGUCUUAGAGGAGAUGGAGAGAGAGUUUGGGAUCUCAUACCCGUCUGGUCUGCCCCCUGAGGAGCGUCAGCAAUACCAGAAGGACAUCCUGGCACUUCACCAGCGGAACUGUGACCUGCGCAGCAGCCUGCAAAGCAGACAGGAAGAACUGGAGGGGGCAAAGGUCACGGUGGGAGACAUAGAGGUUGAGAGGAACAGUCUACAUGAGAGGUUACUGGGUCUCCAUAAGGCGUGGCGAUCAGGCAGCCUCUCUCCUCCCUACAGCUCCUCAGGGAGCUCCAGUGGUGUGGUUCUGAGUCCUGGCUGGGCCUCCCCUGGUUCCCCUGGUUCCCCUUCAUUCCUUGGCUCUCCUCCCUUCCCCGGGUCACCUCUGUUCCUCAGGAGACCCAUCGCCAUGGGGAUCUUCCCGGCCCUCUCAACUGGGGGGGACAUAUCCUCCUUGGCCUCUCCAUCACCCUCCCCCUGGCCUGGGAGUGUUCCACAAGGCAGCCCCUGUUGUAGCCCCAGCCCCAGCGUCAGCCUGGAGGGUGAGACAGACAGACUACAGAGGUGUAUAGAAAGGCUGAAGGCCCGGAACGAGCGUCUAACUGCAGCUCUGGACAGGAGAAAGGGAGAGUCUGAGCAGAUCAGUAUGACGCUCAGCAGACACGAAGCUGACAGCACAGCCCUGCAGAUGGCUCUCCAAUACUGCGAGGAGUGUGAGGAGGCCUACAGUGAGUUACUGUCUGUGUACGAGGGCAGGAGACAGCAGGUCAUACCACACUGGAGACACAUAGCAGGCCCGGUCAUGGAGAGUCAGCAGCCCAGCAGUCCCAGGCCGUCCCUAAGGAGUAUAAGAACUGAGGAGUUGUCAACCUCCUUCUCAACACCAGGGGGUGCUGUUGAGACAGAAACACACAUCCAGACCAGGGGGUCCGAGGUAGAGGGGUGCGAGGCGGACAUUCGGGAGCGUAUUGAGCGGUUGAAGCAGGACAGGGCAGCAGUGUGUGUCCCUAAGCCAGGGCCUGGGGGAGAGGGGAAUCUCAGCCCAGAUACAGGCACCCUGGCUGGGCUUAGAGGGAGCCGCGGAGGACAGGGGGGCCAGGACACCUCCAACCCCCAGAGCACCAAUAGAGAGAAGGCUGUUCUGCUCUAUGACCUGGUCACUGUCAGAGAGGAGAUGUCGGAGCUGAGAGGUUUAAUCCGUCUGACGGAGAAGGAGCGGAGGUGUUUGGACUGGAGUCUAAUGGCCCAGAAGGCCCAGGAUGCAGCUGGAGCCCUGAUCUCUGAGAGCCUCGCUGAGGAGAUACAGGACAGGAGGACAGAACAGCAGAGGACUUCUGAGAACGAGGAUAAGCUAAGCAGCGAUGGAGACAUCCCUGGGCCUCAAAAGCGCACCAUCCUUCGAGAGCUACAGGCUGUCCUGCAACGGGAGCAGGUGCUGAAGAGGAGAGUGUCGGCGGUGAGGGAGUCUCUGGACCUGGUUCUCUCCGACAGCGCCUCUCGCAGGAGAGACAACGAUGAGCAGAUGGCUCGGCUCGCACAAGCUCACAGCAAGGCCACAGGGUCGUACCGGAACACUCGCAGGAAGUACAGGGAGAAGCUGUGGAGGCUGGAGAGUCAGGUGUCAGCAAUGUCAGAUCGUCACAUGACCCAGAUCGGGGCCCUGAAGGCCACGCUGGAGGCCAUGGAGUGCAGGAGGGAGGAGACUGUACUCUGACUGAGCUGAGGUCAGCUUCUGGGGACAUUGGUCCUAACUUCUGUUACAGGGUCAGAUAUUAUCCUCCAAAAUGGUUAGGAUGGGAUUUGAGAGUUAGGAUUCGCCUCGUACUACCAUCCUGAUCUCACGAGCUUACAUAAAAUAUGUUUUACUACAGCUACUUUACUACAGCUUCUUUACUACACCUACUUUACUACAUCUACUUUACUACAGCUACUUUACUACAUCUACUUUACUACAGCUACUUUACUACACCUACUUUACUACACCUACUUUACUACAGCUACUUUCCUACAGCUACUUUACUACAUCUACUUUACUACACCAACUUUACUACAGCUACUUUACUCUACCUACUUUACUACAGCUACUUUACUACAGCUACUUUACUACAGCUACUUUACUACAUCUACUUUACUACAGCUACUUUACUACACCUACUUUACUACAGCUACUUUACUACAGCUACUUUACUACAGCUACUUUACUACAGCUACUUUACUACAGCUACUUUACUACAGCUACUUUACUACAGCUACUUUACUACAGCUACUUUACUACAGCUACUUUACUACACCUACUUUACUACAGCUACUUUACUACAGCUACUUUACUCCAUCUACUUUACUACAGCUACUUUACUACAACUACUUUACUACAGCUACUUUACUACAACUACUUUACUACAGCUACUUUACUCUACCUACUUUACUACAGCUACUUUACUACAUCUACUUUACUACAGCUACUUUACUCUACCUACUUUACUACAGCUACUUUACUACACCUACUUUACUACAUCUACUUUACUACAGCUACUUUACUAAGCUACUUUAUUACAGCUACUUUACUACAUCUACUUUACUACAGCUACUUUACUAAGCUACUUUACUACAUCUACUUUACUACAGCUACUUUACUAAGCUACUUUAUUACACCUACUUUACUACAUCUACUUUACUACAGCUACUUUACUAAGCUACUUUAUUACAGCUACUUUACUACACCUACUUUACUACAGCUACUUUACUACAGCUACUUUACUACAGCUACUUUACUAAGCUACUUUACUACAGCUACUUUACUACAACUACUUUACUACAGCUACUUUACUCUACCUACUUUACUACAGCUACUUUACUAAUCUACUUUACCACAGCUACUUUACUAAGCUACUUUACUACAUCUACUUUACUAAGCUACUUUACUACAGCUACUUUACUAAGCUACUUUACUAAUUUACUUUACUAAGCUACUUUACUAGAGCUACUUUACUAGAGCUACUUUACUAGAGCUACUUUACUAAACUACUUUACUAAGCUUGCGAAAUCAGGAUGGUAGUACGAAGCCAAGUAAGGAUUGGACUGAUGAUCAAAUAAUCUGAUCCUUGAUCUGUGGUUAGAGGCAACUACUCUUGCCAGCCCUGCCUCCAUUCUGGCCAUAGAGAGACAAUGUGUUAUCUUCAUUCAAGAAAAUGGCAGCAUUAUCCACAUGCUCAGACCCAGAGAGCUGUAAGCAGAAGCUCUGAGCCUGGUUAGGAUUUGACCCUGAGGUCAUGGGUUAUUUUCCCACACAGCCUGACUCUAUGAAACCUGGCCCUGCUCCUCUGAUCUGACAGUGGAGAGGUGAUGAGGUCUGAUGUGUCCACGCUCAACGCUCACCGCUUGUCUUGUUUCUGGUGCUUUUUCACAACCUUUAUCUCUCUCUUCACUCUUCUUUCUUCAUCUCUCUCUUCCCUCUUCUUUCUUCAUCUCAUGCUCUCUCCCUCUAACAUUUUCCCUUUCUCCCUCUCCUUUUCCCUCUCUUCAUCUUUCUCCAUCUUCUUGCCCCCCCCCUCCAUCUCAUUCACUAUCUCCUUAUCUCCUCUCCCCAUCUCACUCUCCCGCCCUCUCUUCAUUCAUCUCCCUCUCUCCCCCUCUGCCCUGUCUGAGGCGGCCGACCAGCUGCAGCUGUGACCAGCGGUCAGGAGGUUAAGGCAAAGGUUGAGUGUCACACCCACCGGGUCACAGCGGUGCCUGGCUGUUGUGUCAACCUCUGAAUGGAGGGUUCAGGGGGCCAGACUAGGAGGUGAGCCCCUGCUACCCUGACUCUUGCCUGAGGGGUCAUCAGGGUGGGUCUGCUGCCCUGUUCCCCUCUCCCUGGGUCUCCCUGGGUCUCCCUGGGUCUCCCUGGAUCUCCCUGGGUCUCCCUGGAUCUAACUGGGUCUCCCUGGGUCUCCCUGGAUCUCACUGGGUCUCCCUGGGUCUCCCUGGAUCUCACUGGGUCUCCCUGGGUCUCCCUGGGUCUCCCUGGGUCUUAAUGACCAUUGUUAUAAUAAUUGCUAUUAGAACAUAGUAUACAAUUAUCAUUCCAUUUUGCUCUCUCUCUCUCUCUCUCUCUCUCUCUCUCUCUCUCUCUCUCUCUCUCUCUCUCUCUCUCUCUCUCUCUCUCUUUCUCUCUCCCCCUCUCUUUCUGUCUCUCUCUCUUGCGCCUCUCUCUCUCUCUCUCUCUCUCUCGCUCUCUCUCCCCCCUCUGUCUCUCUCUGUCUCGCCCUCUCUUUCUCUCUCUCUCUCUCUCUCUCCCACUCUCUCUCUCUCUCGCCCUCUCUCUCUGUCUCGCCCUCUCUCUCUGUCUCGCCCUCUCUCUCUGUCUCUCUCUCUCUCUCCCCGCUCUCUCUCUCUCUCUCCCGCUCUCUCGCCCUCUCUCUCUGUCUCCCUCUCUCGCUCUGUCUCCCUCGCUCCCCCCCCUCUGUCUCUGUCUCUCUCUGUCUCUCUCUGUCUCGUUCUCACUGCUGUGCGUUUGCCUCCUGCUCAUCAAAGGGUCUCAGUCCAGGUUCUAACCUCUGGUUGACUCCGCUUUCCUGGCAAAAGAUGAAAAGAGAAGGGGAAAAGAGAAGGGGGAAAGAGAAGGAGAUAUUGAUGCACUCACACAUGUCUAUAGAGUUGUUACAGUAAACAUCAUGUGGAAAGAACCCUUGGGCUUAUGUCAUCAUAGUAAUGUGUGAUUUCUCUACAGUCUCAGGAUUCAGCUGCUGUAUGAUAGGGUCCAGCUGAUGAUCAUGUAUUGUCAUCAACUGGAAUGUGUUUCAAAAUGACUGUUUUGAAUUAUUGAAUGAACUUAUCUCCUUGGUUUGGAAUGAAAUCAUGCUACUGAAAGACAUAUUAAAUCAAUUUGAAAAAGUACAAGUUUAAUAUAAUCCUGGUGUAAUGAUCUAAUGCAGGAAAUGUGGAUAUGAAGUGUGUUUGCUUUGCAUAUGGGGUAUAUCAAACAUGUUCCACACCACCGCCAUGUACACAAAUGAUCUGUGAACAGAUUGAGGAUAGGGAAACAGGGGAUCUGUAGAUGCCUGGGAACAAGUCCCCCUGCCAUUAUUACACAAUGACAGAGGCUGUCAAUCACACACAGAGGGCAAUGACCCUAGGGUUGAAGGUCACCUCAUUUACUCUCUGCAUCCGUAUCUCAUUUAAAUAAAUUGUCCUGCUAAGCCGUAUAAAGAGA